AUUCGUUUUUGUGUCAGCCGGUCCGAUGUUGCGCGCGCUCACUUUGCUUACGAUGCCAUGUGGAGCGCGAUAAGCUAGAAUUGCCGGUAUUUCUGCGGAUGACGAGACUCAUUCGUAUAUGUUUAUGAAAAUACAACAUUCCUAAUGUAAAAUUGUUUUUACCAUAUUUUAUUCGCUACACUCAUCAUGGAUUUAAUCAGCAUUUUGGAAAAGACCGUUUCACCUGAUAAAUCUGAGCUAGAGGCUGCACAGAGCUAUUUGGAACAAGCUGCUCAAACUAAUUUGCCUGAAUUUCUGAAGUCAUUGUCCAAUGUACUUCAACAUGCCAAUAAUUCUCCAGUUGCACGAAUGGCUGCUGGCUUGCAGCUCAAAAAUGCGCUGACUUCAAAAGACCAAGAAAUCAAGCUUAAGUAUCAAGAGCGUUGGCUACAAUUUCCUUCAGAUGUGCGGAGUUUUGUAAAACAAAAUGUGCUAUCUGCCUUAGGAACAGAAACUCUCAGACCUAGUUCUGCUGCACAGUGUGUAGCUUAUAUUGCUGUUGCAGAGUUACCUCGUGGGGAAUGGCCAGAUCUCAUUUUAUUACUUACACAGAAUAUAACUAACAUAAACUCCACUGAAAUGACCAAAGAGGCAACACUAGAAGCAAUAGGAUACAUCUGUCAGGAUAUAGAACCAGAUGUUCUUGUUUCACAAUCAAAUGACAUCCUGACUGCAAUUGUUCAUGGGAUUAGAAAAGAUGAACCUAGUGAUCAUGUUAAGCUAGCAGCAACAACUGCACUUCUAAACUCUUUAGAAUUUACCAAAGCCAACUUUGAGAAGGAAUCUGAGAGGCAUUUCAUCAUGCAGGUCGUGUGUGAAGCUACUCAGUCUGCUGAUACUAAGGUUAAAGUUGCUGCUCUUCAGUGCUUAGUAAAAAUUAUGUCUUUGUACUAUCAGUACAUGGAAGCUUACAUGGGGCCUGCUCUUUUUGCUAUUACAAUGGAAGCCAUGAAAAGUGAUAUUGAUGAAGUUGCACUCCAGGGUAUUGAAUUUUGGAGCAAUGUCUGUGAUGAGGAAGUUGACUUGGAUAUUGAAGCAUCCGAGGCUUCUGAACAAGGUAGACCUCCCGCUCGAACAUCACGGUUCUAUGCUAAAGGUGCACUGCAAUAUUUAGUACCAAUUCUAAUGCAGACUCUGACUAAACAGGAAGAGCAUGAUGAUGAAGAUGAUUGGAUUCCCUCUAAAGCUGCUGGUGUAUGUCUUAUGCUGAUGGCUGCUUGUUGUGAAGAUGAUAUUGUUUGUCAUGUUUUGCCAUUUGUUAAAAAUAAUAUAAAAAAUCCUGAUUGGCGCUAUAGAGAUGCUGCUGUUAUGGCAUUUGGUUGUAUUUUAGAAGGACCAGAUCCUACGAAUUUGAAACCAGUUGUUGAGCAAGCAAUGCCCAUGUUCAUAGAACUGAUGGCAGAUGAGAGUGUGGUUGUAAGGGACACAGUAGCUUGGACAAUUGGAAGGGUUUGCGAACUCAAUCCUGAAGCUGCAGUAAAUGAAAUAUAUUUAAGACCUCUUUUAGAAGCUUUGGUUAAAGGAUUAACUGCCGAACCUAGAGUAGCUUCGAAUGUUUGCUGGGCUUUCAGUAGUUUGGCAGAAGCUGCGUAUGAGGCUGCUGAUGCAACUGAUGAAAAUCAAGAACCAAAUACUUAUUGUCUAUCUGGAUACUUUGAAGUGAUUGUUUCUAAAUUACUGGAAACAACGGAAAGACCAGAUGGAAACCAAGCUAAUUUAAGAAAUGCUGCUUAUGAAGCUCUCAUGGAAUUGGUUAAAAAUAGUCCAAAAGACUGCUAUGUAUGGGUUCAAAAAACUACAAUGAUUAUUUUAGAGCGAUUGAAUCAUGUGUUAGCUUUAGAAGGCCACAUUCAAAGUACAUCAGAUAGAGCACAAUACAAUGAUUUGCAAUCUUUGUUGUGUGCCACAUUGCAGAGUGUUCUUCGAAAAAUGACUGAAGAAGACGCACCUAAAAUUUCUGAUGCCAUAAUGACUGCAUUGUUGCAAAUGUUCAGUUCCUCUAGUGGUAAAUCUGGAGGUGUACAAGAAGAUGCUCUGAUGGCUGUGUCAAUGCUUGUUGAAGUUUUGGGAGAACAGUUCUUAAAAUAUAUGGAAGCUUUCACACCAUUUCUUGCUCUUGGGUUGAAAAACUUUGCUGAAUAUCAAGUCUGCAGUGCUGCUGUAGGAUUAACUGGAGAUAUUUGCCGAGCCUUAUCAAUAAAGGUUCUCCCUUACUGUGAUGAAAUUAUGACAAUGCUUCUAGAAAAUUUAUCAAACACUGCUGUGAAUCGCUCUGUGAAGCCUCAGAUCUUAUCAGUGUUUGGAGAUGUAGCUCUAGCAAUUGGAACACAUUUUCAAAAAUAUUUAGUAAUUGUUUUAGAAGCCUUGGCACAAGCCUCACAAACUCAAGCCGAGAAGAAUGAUUAUGAUAUGAUUGAUUAUGUUAACGAGCUUCGUGAAGGGUGCCUUGAAGCCUAUACUGGUAUUAUUCAGGGAUUGAAAGGUGAUCAAAAUACAACUACACCUAACAGUGAAGUGAACUUAAUGCAACCUCAUGUUCCAUAUAUUAUGCAAUUUAUUACCCAUAUAGCACAAGAUCCAGACCAUUCUGAUGGAACAAUAGCUGCUAGUGCUGGUCUUAUAGGUGAUUUGUGCUUGGCAUUUGGACAGAUAAUGUUAAGAGAUGUAGAUAAUGAAGUUAUAAGUGAACUAUUAACUAAAGGCAGACGCUCAAAAACUAGUAAAACAAAAACAUUAGCAACAUGGGCCUCUAAAGAAAUAAGAAAAUUGAAAAAUGCUGCAUCAUCGUGAUUUCCAUAUGGUUGACAGUACAGUUAACCCAAUAAUUCUGUGCUGUCGUGUGAAAGUUUUAAUCUUAUGGCUGUCGCAAGAAUGCGUUAAUGAGAAGCCAAGCGCAAUUAGUGUUUGACAAGAGAGAAAGAGCGAGCGCGUGAAAGUGUGCGUGUGUGCUCCAUCUUUCACACCAGUAUGAUUCGUCAGUCUCUUUCCGUAAAAACUUCCAAGCCUGCCAAGCUUCUUCAUCCAUAGCCAGCAACAGUUCUAUUGGAGAUUUCCUCAUUCAAACAGCAAUGUAGAAAACUUCUCAACUCGGCCCUGUGCCAGACUCAUUUUAGAAAGUGCCCGUCGUGUCAUAAGUGAAUUUUUCACCUCGGUGUCUUUCUUACCUUUGUCAUUUCUCCGCUUGGGAGACAGGCUGCUGCAUCUGUGAUGUAAUAUCAAAAGUGGGUGUUUUAAAACAAAAAUGAAACCUACAUUGAUUUUCUUUAGGAAUUAACCAAAAAAAAAAAAAUAAUAUAUAUGGCAACUUAUGAAGUUGUUAAUUUUGGGAAGUGCCUUUGUACUGAGGUGUGUUUGACUGUUUAGGUCCAAACCUCAAAAUGCUUUUUAAAAAGCCAAAUUCUGUUAUCUUUGGCUGAUAAAGUUGAGCAAUUUGUCUGCUCUUUAUAUAAUGCUGAUUGAAUAGGAGUUAUUGCUGUUGAAGAACAAGGGUAACCAAGAGUGUUGUAUUUUAAUAUGAAUUUAAAUUGUUACAUAGCUUUACAUUUAAAGUGUUCUACAGUAUUUGAAAUUAUUUUUGGCAGCUUUAUUUUUUGAAACAGUUCCUGUUUUCAGAAGAAAAUAAUGCGGUUUAGUUAAACAUAUUAAAAACAAAAUAUUUUAGGCCAUAAGUGCCCAACAUUGCCAUUUUUAUUGCAAAUUUUAUACAGUUACCCUUGUUUUUGUGCAAUUGCUGGGAUUAUAUAAGUUGUGAAUAAUUUUCUGUAUAAAAUUGUAAUUUUUUUAAAAAAAAACUUUAAAAAUCAUUAGUUGACUUUAACAUGCAUAGUUCAUUAUUGCUUUAUAUUGGGACAGCCAAAAUUAUCAUAGUCAUUUGUUCCCGAUAUUUUAUUGCUGUGAUGUUAUAUAUUUCUAAUUAUACAUUUUUCAUUCUGUCUGUAUCUUACGUUGGUGUGAAUAUUAAUUUUCAACAAUAUUUUCUUUUUGUAAAUUCUUACUUUGUUAUUGUAAUUUUUUUUAAAACUUCUCAGGCUUAUCUAAUCAUUCAUGUGUGAGUGGUGUGUAUGUAAAAAUGUUUUCUUUUUCCACUUCCUAAUUCCAUAUUUGAAUAUGUGACCAAUAAAAAAAAUUAGCUCAAAAA